AUGGCCUCGUCAAAAGACCCCGCAGAACUGAAGAAAGCCUUCAUCUCUCGACUGGGCGAGGAGCAAUGGGACGAAUCCUGGGAGAGUAUUGCAAAGCUCAGCCCUGAGCUCUUCCAAGCCAGCGUCGAUCUCAUUGCGGUGCCAAAGAAGAAGAAAUACUUGUCUCCCAAGAUCCAGCAGCUGAUGUCCAUCGCCGUUGACGCUGCUUCAACCCAUCUCUACGUCCCGGGCAUUCGAAAGCAUAUAGAUGCCGCGCUGAAAGAGGGAGCAACUCCAGCUGAGAUAAUCGAAGUGAUCGAAUUGACGGGAACCUUGGGCAUCCAUGCCUGUAACAUUGGAGUGCCCUUACUGGUCGAAGUCAUGAAAGAGGAGGGCAUAUAUGACAAGCAUGCCACUGUUGGCAAACCUUUCGACGAGAAGCGAGAGAAGUUGAAGGCAGACUUCACGAAGAACAGAGGGUACUGGCAUACCUUUUGGGAGGAUUUUCUGGCGCUGGAUCCGGAAUUCUUUGAGGCGUAUUUGAAUUUCUCAUCUGUGCCUUGGCUCAAGGACGUGGACGGCUCAGGCAAAGGAGGAGGCGUGUUGGAACCCAAGGUGAAAGAGUUGAUAUACUGUGCAUUCGACGCCGCCGCCACUCACCUUUAUGUUCCAGGGUUAAAGCUGCAUAUGAGGAAUGUCUUGAAGUAUGGUGGGACACCUGAAGAAAUCAUGGAGGUUUUGGAAAUUGCAACUCAGCUCAGUCUUCAUACAUCGAACGUCGCUGCGCCUAUACUGGCGGAACGACUGGGCAAAUCAUGA